AUGUCUGUUUCACAAUAUACUCCCGGACUCCCUUACUAUUCCAAGGUGGAUUCUAUCACCGGUACCACCAUCACCUACCGCAUGCUCUACCUCGAGCCCAAUGUCAAGCCAGAAUCGGAAAAGUGGCAGCCCCGCACUGAGCGAUGUUGUACCGCUGUUUUGGUACUUAGUUUGAUCCAUCUGUCCAUCGAGAGCGAAGCUCACCACGUCCCAGACGCCGUCGGGCAUGCCGUGCACAUCCUACAGGUCUUCAUACUAUGCGUACAAUUAUACAGCGUAGUCAGAUAUUUUUUGGCACUUAGGCGUGAAGGCUGGGAGCCAAAAGGCCGUGGUUAUGAUCUCUCCCUUGGAUCAGCAUACACAUACAUGUUCGCUCUGCCACCAGUGGACAGUGGCCUGAGAGUUCCCCUGCCAUCGAAUGUUUCUGAUGCGUCUGCUGUUGCUGACAUAUAA